CUUAAUGAUGGAAAAUAUUUACAUGGUACCAGACAAGUCGACUGAGGCAGUCUAUGAAAAUGUAGGGCUGUUCCAGAAGACAAGUACUGAAAAACCACAGGAAGCAGCUCCAGUGCCUGCCUCUGUGGAUCACAAGCCCCUUCGGCUUAAGCUGCUGUUCAUCGUGUGUGCUAUUGAAGCGGCCAUCAUCGUCGCUGUGUUUGUGUACUAUUUCAUCACCCUAAAACCAAAGGAUUUUUUCAUGGAAAAAGAACUGAAUCAUCUAAAUGAUACGUUUCACAGUUUGUCCGUUAACUACAGCAUUACAUCAAGUAAUCUUACCAGUCUGCAGAAAAGUUACAUGGAACUGCUCAACCGAAAUCAUGAAAUAAUUCAGAAUUACAGUUAUCUUCAGUCAAAGAAUUUGGGACUCAACCAGACUCUAGCUAAUCUCCAGAUCCAGCAGUCUUUACUGAAUAAAAAACACUCUGCAUUACAGACCCAGUUUUCAUCUUUGAAUCGGAGACACGCUGCACUGUCUGCAAAAUUUGAUAAAUACUGUUCAGGGAGAGACCCAUCUAGUCAAGAACGGAUUUGCUCUGUUUGUCCAGAACGCUGGCUGCCAUUCAAGUCCCAAUGUUAUUUCUUUUCCACUGAUACAAUGACCUGGAAUGCCAGCCUUGAAAGCUGCAAAUCGAUGGGUGGGAACCUGGUGAUUAUAGAGAGUGAAGAGGAGCAGAGGUUCUUAGAAGCUGAGAGUAAACGCAUUCAGCCAGGUGAUGCCAACUGGAUUGGGUUAACAGAUAUGGUAACUGAAGGUAAAUUUCAAUGGGUUGAUAGCCGACCACUGGACAAAAAAAUAAGUUUCUGGUUCCCUGGUCAGCCUGAAAAUACGCCUGCUCAUUCAGAAGACUGUGUGCAGCUGAUGGUACGGCCACAGAGCAUUGGUUGGCAUGACUUCCCCUGUGAGAGCCAAGCAAAGCGAAUCUGUGAAGCAGGACUAGUAAAAUUCCGUAUCUAACGACUCAACAGAAUGGAAUAGAAGAGAAAUGGACUGGGACCCACCAAUCUUUAUCAGAAUACCUGAAGUAUCUUUAAAAUUCAGCUUCCAGUUUUUCAGAAUGCCCCCAUUGCCAUUAUAAUGGCGUAGUAACUCACAAACCUCAUAUCAGUUAUUAUGUACAACAAAAGGGGAGGCAGAAAUUGAACUUCCUUUUGGUGUUUCCUAACAUUACUGUAUACUCAUUAAGGAUUCUGACAAACAUCAGUUGACCAAUGUCUUCAAGCAACUACCCCUGGAUAUUCUCCUUAUGCUUUGUCUCUUUGUCUAUAAGUGUAUCUUAGCACCUAUUAGCUUCACAGCAUAUCACCCAUAGUAUUGUCAAGAAGGUCACAGUCUCUGUAUUACAUUAAAUAUUUUAUUUUUCAUA